UGUUGAAGCCAAAGGUAGCACGCAGGAAGGGAAAAGACAAACAGCACAACUCUGGAGUGUUGAGCCGAUGCAGUAGCUGCAGCUUUUCCCCCUCCUUUUUAAAAUCUUUUGCAGUAAGAUAAAGUCUCAGACUGAACCUCAGACAUGUCAGGGAGAUAUUUUGAAAUCUCAAGAGAGAACUGCAAUUUUGGGAAUUACAUCCCGUCAGGUCGACAGCUUCCCAGGACUCCUCCUUUGACGGAUGUGAAGAGACACCUGGAUUUUGGCGGUGAAGAUCCAAAUAAUGAUUGUGCAGAACUACAGCAGAAUGUGGAGGCAGGGAGUGGAGAUCAAGAUGACCCAAACAGGACAUUUGACUUGAACACUCAUGAUGCAAAACCAGUCUGCUUGGAAAACAUUUUUAAACCAGAUGACCCCAAAUCAUUGCUAAAGGGGAUGAAGGGGUAUUCGUUGACGGCAGGUGACUUGGAGUUCAUAGAGAAGAUGAAAGAAGAGAAACUAAUUAAAAAACUACAAGGAGACCUGGAGGAUGUGCAGAGGUUGUUAAAAAAGGAAACGAUGGCCUUAGAGUUGACACUGGCUUGCAGGGAGAAAGCACUGGCUGAACUUAACAAGUUUCCAUCCUGUGAAGAGCUCACUGAGUGGGUUAAAGUGGUCCUCAAAAUGACAUCACCAUUGUCUGAAUUAUCAGACCUAGACGCCAAGUCUCUCCUGACCAUGGUGACGAAAGAAAAUGUCCAAAAAGCUGUGGAAGAGAAGAGGAUUGGGCUUACUCACAUGGAAAAGAUGUUGGCAAACAAGAAGAAGGAGGAGGCUGAAGAGAGAGGGCAGCUUGAAAAACAAAUUGCCAAUGAACAGCUGAAGGUACAAGGGUUGAUGAGCCAGUUAUCGGACCUGAAAUCUGAACUUGCACAACAAAAGAUAAUAAAUCUGAUUUUGCAGGAAGCUUAUGAAGCUCUUCAAAUGCAGAUCAACAUCCAAGAAGUGAAAGAAAGCAAAGGGGAUACAUUAGAGGAACUGCAAGUCUCCAAAACCCGUGUGAAACGAGGAAAGGAAAGAAAAAAGGCUGUUACACCUACUGAAAGAUUGCAAGAUGCAACAAACCAAAGUCAACCAACAGGCAUGAACUCAAGCUCUCAACAAACAGUGAUUGAAACAGACAACCAGACCAGCUUGAAAGAUGAUGCACAUAUGAACACAAAUGAAUCUAUGAAGACAUCAACAAAAGAGCAGACAAAACCAAAGUCUGGGGUAGAGAAACCGACGAAAUCAGUGAAGGCAGCCAGAGGGCCGCAGAAGAAAGCGGAGGAGCAGGAAUCAAAUUCAAAAGAAUCAGUGAAAGCUGUGAGAGGGAGACGACAGCCUGCUGGACCCUCUAAGACCGCAGCUCCACAACCGAAAAACCAAAGUAAAGUGAAAGCUGGGGAAAGACAGUCCACAUCACAGCAGGCGGCUUCUUCGCACCGCAGCAGAAACAAAGUUGCCGUAGCUGCGGACAAUGCUGGAGAGGAGGCACAAAACGUCGGCCUGAGAAGAUCCAAGAGGAUAGCCAGUAGGAGGUGAAUGUGUUUGACUGGCUGUUGAGCAGCACCACUGACAUGGUUUUGCUCAAUGGUGCACCUAAUGUUGGUAUAAGUAUUACAAGAUUACACUUGUUUUUACUUAAUUAAUUCUAAAUAAAAUGUAAUUCAUCUUUUAAGUGUUGUAUCAUUAAUCUGUCAUAACUGCCACUGUUUUAUUCAUGUAAAAAAAAAAAAUAUAUAACCUUUUUAUAAGAUCGGA